ACAUGCCACAGUGACUCUGCAAAAGUGCAUUGUAUUAUACGGAGUGAUACCCUAUUGGCACAUUCUCGGGUUUUUGAAUGCGUGUCGACAAAUAACUUCCUGGUCUAUGAAAGACGCAGUUUCACGGCAAAGGAAGGCAUUUAAUACAAAAACGGAGCAUAAACGCAGCAUGAUAAGAGCAUGAAAGGAGCAUGACAAGGGUAUAAGAUAUGACCAGUCCUGGCUCUGUGUCGAAGACUCCUUUAAAAUCAAUAGGGGCUCGGGAUAUCAUCAAGUUGGACUUUCAGAAAAGUGGCCAUCUCCGGAAAGAAGGACUCCUAGAGAGAAGCUUGCUGGGCAAACUUGUCGGCGUAACAUGGCGACAAGUUUUCGUCGUCCUGCGAGAUGGUUGCUGCUAUGUCUUUGACAAUGACCAGUCAACGCAACCCAAAACAGCAUUCUCUUUUGAAAACUACUGUAGAUUGGAAUGUUUCGAGAAGCCACCAGACUUGGAUUACUGCUUUAAACUUUUUCCAAGGGUCAACUAUGUUGAAAUGAAAGAACACUGCUUCGCUGCAUCUGACGACAACAGUCGAAAGGAAUGGCUGAUCGCCUUUUAUAAAGCGUUCCAUGUUGCUAACGACCUACCAGAACCUUUAGACGUUGGCAACGAUGAUUGGACAAAAGACAUUUUCAAGCGAAUUGGAGGUAAUCGCUAUGACUACAUAGAUGAAGAACGUGAAGGGAAUCUAUCCAAUACAAAAAGGCGCUACUCAGACAUGCCAACUAAAUCAAAAUCGCAAGUAUUCAAAACCCGCAGUUUGCCACCUGUUCCAAAAGAGGAGCUGUCGUAUGAUAUGCCAGAACUGGAGUCAGAAUUGCCAGAUGAAUCAUAUGAUGACUGCGCGGUUGGAACCAAACCUCAGUCCUCAAAGAUCAAACCAAAACGUGCCAGCCUACCGGCGCUCCCCCGGUCCCCGAAAGAGACCAACCCCACGGCAAGCCGAGGACAGUAUAUCAAUAUGGACUAUAAAAAACCAAAGGUUGACGAUUUGCCAUUGUUUGAAGGAAAUUCUGCGGAGGCAAAGGCAGCCAUCAGUAGUGAAGCUGUUGGAACGUUUAUCAUAAGGAAAUCAAGCCAAUCUGAAGGUAGAACUCCAUAUGUUUUAGUGGUAUCAGGACCGGAGGAGGAAGUGCAGUUCAGGAUAUAUAAAAAGGAACAAGGAGGCAUUUACAUUGCGGAAGAAAACAUUUUUCAAAGUCUUUCCGAGCUCGUGGCCUAUUACAGAAAAAAUGAGCUGUCGGCAAAAACAAAACUGAAACUUGCAAAACAUUAUGGACACAUGGAGUUAUGAUGAUAGUGAGCGGUUUCUACUUUUUAUAUGGGGGUGGGGGGCAUUCGACUUAAAUGUUUCUUUUGGAACGGGGGAAAAUGUAAAGAUUUUGUUUUAAAAAUUAUGUUAUAAGAGGGGUCCAUGUAUCCGUUGGCCAAGUGAUGAGUAUGCUUUCAUGAAGCUAAAAAUAGGAAUUAUCAGACAUGCACCGACACAGCAAAAAUAUUUAUUUGCUUUUUACCAAAUAGACUCUUUUACAUAACAAUGUAUUCUUUAAUGUACGCGUCAAUUGUAUUUUGAAAAAAACUUUUCUUGGUUUUUGUGGUUGGUUGAUUUAUUUUGCUACUUAAACAAUUCAAUUAAUGUGUUUAUCUACGCUUAGCAUAACUUUAUUUAUUCCGUUUUCAUUAUUAAGACUUACUCAAAAGUUUUUCUUCGAACCUUUUCAAGUUUAAGUGCAUUUAUCAAUACACAAAUAUUUUAUUAAUCAUAAGAUUAGUUUGUUAAUGAAUCUUUACUUUCUUACACUGUGUAAUGUUGCAUUCUUUUUUUUAUUCGUUGGUCAUAUUUUAUAAUGUUUUUCUGCUUAUGUUUGACCUACAAUUUUAAUUAAAUUUAAAUGUAUUAUCUAAAAAUUAUCUAGAAAUAUUGGCUUUAUGUCUGAUUUUUAUUCUUGAUAUCAAAUAAAUGCUCAACUUCCA